UUCUCUCCAAAAUGGCUAAAGCUUCGUGGUCACCAUCUUCGCCGACUAAAAGCUACAAGGUGAGAGAGAAGUCCAUUUCUGUCACCAGAGAGGGAAGAAAUUAAAUGGCGGCGAUGUUAAUCGGAAGAGCUUUUAAAUCGGUUAGAAACUCUUCUAAUCUGGCCGUUCGUGCUCGAUCCUUGUGUAUGACAUCCGCCGCUCGUCAACCCGAUUCCGAUACUCAGCCAUCAGAAUCUUCUUCGUCUUCGUCGUUCACGUUCGAGAAAGAAAAUGAGAAACCCGUCUUAGUGAAAGCUCCCAACACUCGCCGGAACAACGACUCGGAUUCAGUGACGAUGCUCACGUCUUUUAUGACCGGUUCGAUCGUUGGGAAGAGGUUUUACAAGAAAGUGACGACAAGGGAAGCUGAUGAUGGGAAUAGAUGGACUGUGAUGCUCGAUUACAGAACACUUAAAGCCCCUUCCAAAAGACCUCUCAAGCUUCGUUCUUUGGCUCUCGCUAAGGCUAUUGCAGCUGAAUGGGAGUAUCAGCUAACAGAAGGGAUCAGACCAUUCACAAUGCCGCUAAUGAGACUAGCAUGUACUGCACUUGAAAGAGUUCCUCUUACGCGUUCAAUGAUCAUUGAACAUCUAGCGAGAAAGUUACAUCAAGAUCUAGUCUUUUUCCGAGCGCCUGAAGAUAAGUAUUAUACUAGUGACGUCCAUGAAAUUCAGGUAGAGAAGCUAGUGAAAGCAGUAGAAGAUCUGCUCAAGAAGACAAAUGAUGGUGAACUUGCAAGCAUUGAUGCACUCCAAGCAUCAGCUCACUCGAUAGUAAUCGCCCUCGGCAUUUUCUGUGGGAAAUUGCAGAUCGAUGAUGCAAUCAAAUUGAUUCUACUUGAAGAAGAUUUACAGGUUUCCUUUUGUCAUUCACCAGCUAACAUCUAUUGCUUUGGCAUUCUUUGUAUUUUGAAUUUUAGUAAAAGUUUUAUAAGUUAGAAAU